AUGUCACCAAAGUCCAAACCGUCUAUUCGCCAUCGUGAACGGAACCGUCAUCGAGACCAGGAUAACGGCGAAGACGAAACUCCUCAAAAGAGCACCCCACGUCGCGUCGAGACCAGGGAACGCCGCCGACGGUCGUCCCACGGAACCUCCACCCGCUCAUCCAUAACCUCUACCAAAAAAAGCACUCGACGCUCCGAUACCGCUCGCCAUCCUUCCUCCUCUACAUCGAGUUUGAAAGAUAAAAACAACUCCAUGCCUGGAGUCGAAGAUCCCUACGCCGAGUCCCUGUUAAGUUCCAGGGCAGGCAGGCCGUACCCCUCGUUUUCAAAAGAUCAUUGCAAAGAGGCGAUCGGGAGUCGAGAAAACGUGGGAAUGCGAGUAAAUAUUUUAACCCCCGAGCCUACAGAUAUAACUGUUGAAAAAUCGAGAGACGGCAGGCCGCCAAGUCGAAACAAGAAUAACCAACAGAAGAGACAGAGCACAGCAACCAAUACUACCCGUCCCCCAAGCCCACCUCUUACGAAUGAUGAAAAUCAACCCUCGCGGAGGAGCACACCUAGCGUCAGUAAGGCAACGGAGAUAAAAACGCCCUCUGCAGGGAAGACGAGUGAUGAAACAAAAAGGCCCAAGAGCCGAGCACACAGCACUAGGUCAUCCUCCAGUCUGAAACGAGUAUCUUCUGAACAUGCUCAGAGGCAUGGCGAUAAAAUACAGAGACCCGGCACUCCAGCGUCAAAAUUCAACAUUUUCGACGCAUUUCAGAUUCCCCACAGAUCAUCGACGGUUUCCUCAAGGCAGAGACAACAGACAAAAGAUGAUAGAGUGAGAAGAUCAAGCAAAUCUCAGGAGACAGUCUCGCCGACAACAUCUGUCUCUGAAGACGAAACUGUCUUAGGACCUAGCAAACCUACCACAGCCUCGAGACACAAGACAUCGUCCCCGUUACCCUCGCGGGCUAAGAAGCCUACAGAUAGGUCUGGGACUCCUACCGGCGGGAGGUCAACUCCGGUAAACAUCCAAAUAUCCAACGGGCAAUCGACGCCUCGGGCGGCUAGUGUAAAUCCUCCACCGCCCCCACCGCCUCCGGAAAUACCACUGACAAUACCCAAGGUUGAUUAUUUGUUACAACACGGAGGCUUGAAUUAUCAUGUACCACGGAACUUUCUAGGUGCCGGCGAAUCUGCAAAUAUGCCCCAGCAGCUUUUUGACCCGUUGACUGUUGGAAGUAGACUAUUCGAGCCGUUCUCUAAACUACUCGAGGACUACGGAACGGUAAUGUCGAAGCGUGGCUCACUCGCCGUCGCGACUGGGUACAGAUCCGUUGCAAGAAGGUUACUGGACAGGCUAGAGGCGGUUUUCGCGCGAGAUAUCUCGCAGGAAGUGUGUGAAUGCAUCAUGUGCAUUGAACAUGAACCCUCAGAAGACGCCAGCGGAGUUAGUUGGGGCGAGGUUCUUGAGCUUGUCUCUGGUCGAAGCGACUUGCCCGCCUGGCCACCGUUCCAGAUUCAUACAGAGCCAGAUGCAGCAGAAAUAGGGAAGACAACACAUGUACCCAUGCAGAAACUCGAUAUUGAUGUACCGAGGGAAUUAAGAGAACACUACGUCCUCCAGUCACGGAAGACAAAGCAGGCUGUGGAUGAUUGGCUCUCUCGCCAAUCCCAAGAUUCUACCAGUGCACCAGAAAUGAUUGACGAUGAAACUCUCGCUUUUGCCAUGCUGACCUAUCUCGAACCGGAGCAAAGAAGACUUUUUAGCAAGUUGCUUGACCUGCCCACAUCACCCCCAGCUCCAAAACCGCUGACACCAAAGCCACGAGAACGCCCAGAGGCAUUAGCCAUCGCCGGGCCGGCCAUUCAACGCCUGUACCGCCUUGCUUCGGAGCCACGCGACCCGGAUACGGCACUUUAUAUGGUGAACAACCACAACAUGCAUCACGCCCUGGCUACCCUUUCCGCCAUUAGCAACGAUGAAUGGGAUAUUCUCAUUUCAGGUCGCUUUGAUGGUUUUCUUCGAAGCGGCGCUGAAGACGAUCUUCCACCCACUUCUGCUACAGCACCUCCACUAGACGGUAGAUCUCGGUCCCCACGAAAGAACGGCACCAAUAGUUCACGUCCAGCUAGCCAGCCGUUUGGCCGUCGAAACGGACCAGCUUCGUUCGGGGCGCCGAUAUCCGUUGAUGAAGAAAACGAAAUCGCCGCUUUGGCAGAAAUUGAGCGAGAUAUCUAUGUGGGCAUGGAAGCUUUGGAGGAUGCAUUCGAAGCUUUGCACUACAAAGCUGAGGCUGUUCGCACUGCGUUGCGCGAGCGUAGUGCUGGGCUCGCCGUAGCUAGCCAAGCGCGUCGUGGAAGCCCGGGUUAUUUGGGUUCAGUUAGCCGAAGCCCAAACCCAGGAUUCUCAGGAUUUGGCGGCCAUCCUGGUGGAAUCGAGUGCGAGACGGACGACGGAAUUGACGACGGGCUGUCCUCGAUAGCACCGUCCGAAUCUGCUAGUAACAUUAGUUCUAGCCGAAGGCGAAGACCGAAAAGACGAACUGAGAGACGCACACCAUCUGUGGUUGGGGAGGAAGAUGAAGAAGACCACUAUUUACAUGUGCCCAAGCGAACUGGCACAGGAAGCUCUGGCAGAAGAAGGUGAUUUAUUCCUGACAAUCAGAGCUCUGCCUCACCACUAUCUUCUACUCUCUUUUUUUCCCCCAAACUCUUUCGCGCCUAUGUUUGGUUUCUUCCCGCUUUCAUACGUUCCAGAUUGCAUUGGCCUCGGAAACUGCGAGACUCCAUUGUUGGCCAAAUAUUAUGAGAAAUGAUAAAAUUACGACACCACGG